UUAUAUACAUUAAAUAAGGAAUAUUACACAAUUUGCAAGGUUUAUAUUGAUUUUCUAAUUUAUAUCUAAAAAAGAAUAGUGAAGUACCUUAUCAAAUUCUUACACACUAGUUCAUGGCCGGUAGUGCUUUCGGACGUUUGGCCAGAAAGUACGGAGCGCUGAUAUUCUUUCCCACAUUUACGGUGAUCACUAUAUACGCUGAUUGGUCGCAUACACGCGCUUGGAAACGACAACAGCUGCAAUUUGCCAGAAGUCAAGAACUCUUAAAAGAAUAAAGGCAAAAACAUAAAUUCAAACGAUGCU